ACAGUGAUGGGUAUGUACAGGAGAGGAGUACGGAGGUAUGACAGUGAUGGGUAUGUACAGGAGAGGAGUACGGAGGUAUGACAGUGAUGGGUAUGUACAGGAGAGGAGUACGGAGGUAUGACAGUGAUGGGUAUGUACAGGAGAGGAGUACGGAGGUAUGACAGUGAUGGGUAUGUACAGGAGAGGAGUACGGAGGUAUGACAGUGAUGGGUAUGUACAGGAGAGGAGUACGGAGGUAUGACAGUGAUGGGUAUGUACAGGGAGAGGAGUACAGGAGGUAUGACAGUGAUCGGUAUGUACAGGAGAGGAGUACGGAGGGUAUGACAGUGAUCGGUAUGUACAGGAGAGGAGUACGGAGGUAUGACAGUGAUCGGUAUGUACAGGAGAGGAGU